CAGGCAUCGCGGCCCGGGGACACCAGGGCGGCGCGUGCCUGCACCCAGCUACCUCGCGCGGCGAUCGGGCUGCGGUGCUCCUGGGGCGGGAAGAGGAGGCGGUAGACGCGGCCAGUGAAGAUGUCGGGCCAAACACUCACGGAUCGGAUCGCCGCCGCUCAAUACAGCGUGACUGGCUCUGCUGUAGCAAGAGCCGUCUGCAAAGCCACCACUCAUGAGGUGAUGGGCCCCAAGAAGAAGCACCUGGACUAUUUGAUCCAGGCUACCAACGAGACCAAUGUCAAUAUUCCUCAGAUGGCCGACACCCUCUUUGAGCGGGCAACGAACAGUAGCUGGGUGGUGGUAUUUAAAGCUUUAGUAACCACACACCAUCUCAUGGUGCAUGGAAAUGAGAGAUUUAUUCAGUAUUUGGCCUCUAGAAAUACGCUAUUCAACCUCAGCAACUUUCUAGAUAAAAGCGGAUCCCACGGAUAUGAUAUGUCUACGUUCAUACGGCGUUACAGUAGAUACCUGAAUGAGAAGGCUUUUUCCUACAGACAGAUGGCAUUUGACUUUGCCAGAGUGAAGAAAGGGGCUGAUGGGGUGAUGAGAACAAUGGUCCCUGAAAAGCUCCUGAAGAGCAUGCCAAUUCUGCAGGGGCAGAUUGAUGCACUGCUGGAGUUUGAUGUGCAUCCAAAUGAACUAACAAAUGGGGUCAUAAAUGCUGCAUUUAUGCUUCUUUUCAAAGAUCUUAUCAAACUGUUUGCUUGCUACAAUGACGGCGUCAUUAACUUACUUGAAAAAUUUUUCGAGAUGAAGAAAGGUCAAUGCAAAGACGCAUUAGAAAUUUACAAACGGUUUCUAACUAGAAUGACUCGAGUAUCUGAAUUCCUCAAGGUUGCGGAGCAAGUUGGUAUUGAUAAAGGUGACAUUCCUGACCUCACGCAGGCUCCCAGCAGUCUUAUGGAGACCCUUGAACAACAUCUAAAUACCUUAGAAGGAAAGAAACCUGGAAACAAAUCUGGUGCUCCCUCUCCAUUAAGUAAGUCUUCUCCAGCUACAACUGUUACAUCUCCUAAUUCUACACCAGCUAAAACUAUCGAUACAUCCCCGCCAGUUGACAUAUUUGCAACAGCAUCCGCGGCUGCUCCAGUCAGCUCUGCUAAGCCAUCGAGUGAUCUCCUUGAUCUUCAGCCAGACUUCUCUGGAGCGGCAGCGGGGGCAGCAGCACCUGUACCGCCACCUACAGGGGGAGCCACUGCGUGGGGAGACCUUUUGGGAGAGGAUUCCUUGGCUGCACUUUCCUCUGUUCCCUCUGAAGCACCGAUUUCAGACCCAUUUGCACCAGAACCUUCCCCUCCUACUACAACCACUGAGCCUGCUUCAGCUUCUGCCUCAACCACCACAGCUGUGACAGCUGUCACUACGGAAGUGGAUCUCUUUGGAGAUGCCUUUGCAGCUUCUCCUGGGGAGGCCCCUGCAGCAUCCGAAGGGGCCGCGGCACCAGCUACCCCAGCCCCAGUGGCUGCAGCUCUUGAUGCAUGCUCAGGAAAUGACCCUUUUGCCCCAUCGGAAGGUAGCGCAGAGGCUGCACCUGAGCUGGACCUCUUUGCAAUGAAGCCACCUGAGACCAGCGCUCCUGUAGUUACCCCUACAGCUAGCACAGCCCCUCCAGUUCCCGCAACCGCUCCUUCUCCUGCUCCUGCUCCCACGGCUGUGGCAGCCACUGCUGCUGCCACCACCACCGCCGCUGCUGCAGCUACCACCACUGCCACCACCUCUGCUGCUGCCACCACCACCGCCGCCGCUCCUCCUGCUCUAGAUAUCUUUGGUGAUUUGUUUGAUUCUGCUCCUGAAGUUGCUGCAGCACCUAAGCCAGACGCGGCUCCUAGCAUAGACCUGUUUGGCACAGAUGCUUUCUCCUCCCCACCACGAGGGGCCUCUCCGGUGCCUGAGAGUUCUCUCACUGCUGACCUCUUAUCUGUGGAUGCAUUUGCAGCGCCAUCUCCUGCAUCUACUGCCUCUCCUGCAAAGGCGGAGUCCUCGGGGGUCAUAGACCUUUUUGGGGGAUUUGGGGGGUCUUUCAUGGCCCCUUCUACAACGCCGGUGACUCCAGCUCAGAAUAACCUGCUGCAGCCCAAUUUUGAGGCAGCUUUUGGAACAACGCCUUCAACUUCAAGCAGCAGCUCCUUUGACCCAUCAGUGUUUGAUGGUUUAGGCGAUCUUCUGAUGCCAACCAUGGCACCAUCCGGGCAGCCUGCCCCUGUCUCAAUGGUUCCACCCAGUCCUGCAAUGGCAGCCAGCAAAGGCCUUGGAAGUGACCUUGACUCGUCUCUGGCCAGCUUAGUAGGCAACCUUGGGAUUUCCGGUACCACAUCAAAAAAGGGAGAUCUCCAGUGGAAUGCUGGGGAGAAAAAGCUGACCGGUGGAGCCAACUGGCAACCGAAAGUCACUCCAGCCACGUGGUCAGCUGGUGUUCCUCCGCAAGGCACUGUUCCGCCAACCAGCUCAGUUCCUCCGGGUACCGGAGCCCCGUCUGUUGGGCAACCAGGAGCAGGAUUUGGAAUGCCUCCUGCGGGGACAGGCAUGACCAUGAUGCCUCAGCAGCCAGUCAUGUUUGCCCAGCCCAUGAUGAGGCCACCCUUUGGAGCUGCCGCUGUGCCCGGUACACAGCUUUCUCCAAGCCCUACACCUGCCACUCAGAGUCCCAAGAAACCUCCAGCCAAGGACCCAUUAGCGGAUCUUAACAUCAAGGAUUUCUUGUAAACAAUUUAAGCUGCAAUUUUUGUGACUGAAUAGGAAAAAAAAAUAACCUGAGUUUGGAAACUUCAGAUAAGAUUGAUGCUCAGUUUCAGAGUGAGCCACCAGUACAAACCCAGUGCUGACUCGUAACCUCCUCUCCCAAACACACAGCCCCGCUGUGACAGUGAACAUUAGGAAUGUGUACUACUUUAGCUGUUACCCUACUCUCCAGCUCGUAGCGUAUUCGGGUUCUUUGUGUGUUGUACGUAAACAAUGAGUGAAUGGUUCCAAUGCCUUUAGUGCUUUUCUGGACGUUGCCCGUGGACGGAUGAUGACGCAGCUGUUAUGUGGUGAGCCAUUUGGAAAGAUGUGUCUGUGUUUUCGAAGGUUUCGAUGUAUAUAUAACUUUUGGACAAACUCUCAAGUCCUCCCAUGAACUCUCUCUUCUCUUCUGUACCUCUGUUACAAGCGUAAUGUGAUACUAUCAGCUAGUGAGGAAAACACUCUUAACUAUACAAAAACUUUUUCGGUGUGGAGUACUUUUUUCCAAUCACAGAAACUUCAACUUGUUGUGAGAAAUGUUUAUUUUUGUGCGCUGUAUAUGUUAAGAAAUUUUAUUUUAAAAAAAAAACCUGAAGUUUAAUGUCCAUAAUAAAACUUCUCUUUGAUGAUGCUACCUUAUCAAGAAUGAGAAAAAUCAUAUGAGAAGAAGUCCAUAUUUAUCACUGCUAUAUUAAGAUAUAUAUUUUAAUUAUAUUUGCAGGGUUUGCAUCUAAAUUGACCUAUUUAUUCGUUCUUGAUCAAAGGCACUGAAAAGUGGAGCUUGUUUCUAUCGUGUCUGUGAAAGUGCAAUUAGAGAUGUGCUGUUUAUGUGACUAUGAACGUGCCCCAAGAGACAUCUGUAACUUAAAGAGAACUGCAAAUAUUUUUUAUUUCAGUGUGGGUUUACAUACAUCUGUUCAGUUAGUAUUUCUUUGUGUGUUCUAUAGAGUAGUGUUUUUCCAUCCUUCGAUUGAGCUCAAAGUGACUUCUAUUGUACCUUUGUGAUAGGAUUGAAACCAAUUCAGCGAAUUGUAUCUUUUAGUGUACAUACUGUAUUCUUUGAUUUUCAGUUUGUUGUCAUACUGUCUGUGCCGAUGGCUUGGCUGAAGAUUUUGAUGCGUACACAAGGUCACUGUUGAUCAGUGUUGUUUAGUGGCUUGGCAGCUCUUUGUAAAAGCAUAUUGGGUUGGAAAGGCAUUUGCCUAUUUUUCAAAUUAUUUAAUAGAUGUAUGGUACCCUUUAAAGUGGUUGUAUCUGAAUUUACUGUGGGGAUAACAUACACUGUAAUGGGGGACAAUUACCUAAAACCAAUUUCAAAAUGGCUUUUCUUUGUAUUUUGGUUUAAAAGCCCAGUGCAUGUCUGCCCUCUGAGAUGCAAUAAACACCUUGAACCAAGAAAA